GUUUUGUCUGGUUUGAUAACUCUGCAGUCUGCCGUGUACCAUGUGAUAUCUUCUCGACGCUUCUUGUUUUGUCUCAUUCGCACUUUGGGAACAUUUUGAAGAGGUUUACCGCUUCAGCAGCAUCUGACCGGCCUGUCCAGAGGACUAUGACUGUGGGGCUAUGAAAGGGCCAUGGAGGCUGUGGGUCGGAAACACGCCUCUUCUACGCUGCUCAGAGUCGGUUUGUUGUUGUUGGUACUGUCCGCUCGGACCGCUGGAAAACCACUGGACCAAUGCACCGCCAACAAGCCCCGGGACAGCUCCAGACCUCCCGUGGUCCUCAUACCUGGUGAUCUGGGGAACCAGUUAGAGGCCAAACUGAACAAACCCACUGUGGUCCAUUAUGUGUGUUACAAGAAGACUGAUUUCUUCACUCUGUGGCUCAACCUGGAGCAACUGGUGCCUGUUGUCAUCGACUGUUGGAUUGACAACAUUAGGCUUAUCUACAAUAGGACCACUCACACCAGCUCGUCGCCACCAGGAGUAGAAAUUCGUGUCCCUGGCUUUGGGCAGACAUACUCCUUAGAGUAUCUAGACCCUAGCAAACAUAGUGUUGGCAUGUAUUUUUUUAAUAUUGUGCAGCAGCUUGUGGAUUGGGGUUACACAAGAAAUGAUGACAUCAGAGGUGCACCUUAUGAUUGGAGGAAAGCACCCAAUGAGAAUAAAGACUAUUUUCUGCAGCUGCAAAAGAUGAUUGAAGAAAUGGCAGAGAAGGCUUGUGAACCGGUAGUUCUGAUAGCUCACAGUAUGGGCAACAUGUACACAUUGUACUUCCUCAACCAGCAGCCACAGAUGUGGAAAGACAAGUACAUCAAGGCCUUUAUUUCUCUGGGAGCCCCGUGGGCUGGAGUGGCCAAGACUCUGCGUGUGGUCACAUCUGGUGAUAACAAUCGUAUCCCAGUCAUAAGCCCACUUAAAAUUAGAUUCCAGCAGCGUACAGCCGUGUCCACUUCGUGGCUCCUCCCAUAUGCUCGUGCAUGGCCGAAAGACAAGGUAUUGGUCCAGACCCCAAACUUCAACUACACAGUGAUGGACUACGAGCGUUUUUAUAAGGACAUUGGCUUUGAGGAUGGUUGGUUGAUGCGACAGGACACAGAAUCACUGGUCUCUGACCUGACUCCUCCUGGUGUGGAGACUCACUGUCUAUACGGCUCGGGCAUCCCAACCCCGGAGGCUUUCCAGUAUUCAAACAAAUUUCCAGAUGUGGAGCCUACUGUAGUGACAGGGGAUGGAGAUGGAACUGUGAACUUGGUUAGCGCUCUGCAGUGUAAAACAUGGGUGGGCAAACAGAAAUAUAAUGUUACUUUAAAGGAACUUCCGUCCAACGAACAUGUAGCCAUGCUAGCAAACAUCACAACUGUGGAUUAUAUCAAGAAAGUGCUGUUCUCACCCUGAUACAAACUGAACUAGAUGCUGUGUGACACUUAACUUAUGUCUUUUUAACUUUUACAGAACCAUAAUAUCCAUGUUUGGGGGGAAGAGAGUGUUGUGGAAUCAGGGUUUUAAUUAAUUUUAUUAUUACUCAGUUUUGACUAAUGUCAAAUUGUUUACUCAAAGCUUCUUAUUUGUAAAUGUAGUUAAGAGGCGAUACCUAUCUGCGAUCAAAUCUUUAUUGCUAUGAAAUUUUUCCCAUCAGAAGAGUCAAGCACUCUGUACAAGUGCCACAUUUAUAUAACAUGAAAAUAUUAAGUUUAGUGUUUUGUAAGGUUUAAUUUUGUACAUGGCCCCAAGCCAGUUUUACCCAGUGCUUUACCAUUGAAAAUUUUUUUAUGUGAAAACUGAACCAUAUAUGUUGAAAAUUAGGGUAAUCAGUUGAAAGUAUAUUUUAUAUUAUUUCACAGGCCACAUGUUAUAAAACUAUGUUCUAGGACAAAAUACAAUUUGUUUUGUAUUUGAUGGGGAAUAAUAAGCAAUUGAUACACUCAAAUUUUAUCACCUAUUAGACUGAGAUAAAUCUAGUAGACUACACUGGGGAUGAGUGACACAUUUAUGUAUAGAUAUACAUACAUAUAUAUAAGCAGCACCUUAUUUAAACCCUACCUUUUGUAAUUGAAGAUAAUUCAAGAAAUUCAGUUGGUAAACCUGUUUAGUCAUUGUAAAUGCCUGUUUGUUUUUACAGUUUGAACUUAAUACAUUGCCUAAGAAGAAAAUUAUAUUUUGGAUGUAUUUUGCAUAGUGUUGAAAUGGCUAGUCUAAAGCUGUCUUUUUUUUGUUCCCUGGUGACAUACCUGUGUUCAAGCGGCAUACCAAACUACAGUGAUAAUUUACAGUGAACUGUGAAAUUGUAUAUGAUUUGAGUAAAUAAAGAAUUUUCUGUAUUUAUGUUGUGUGUACUUUAAGAAUUUGCUGGCAUUAACUUCUUGUGCAUGAUUAAAAUCAAUCCAUCC